AUGCAGCGACUGCACUUGCCACGCAGCUGGAUGCAAGAGGAGGAGCCAGCCAGUGCGCCCUUGCCACUGCCAGUGGUCACCAUACCACGCUAUGAAGAGCGCAGAUGGCUUUUCAGGCCAGCAGAGGCCUCGCUUUGGGCUUGGCAACGUAUGGGCUCCUGUUUGGGUCGUGGGCGAGAAAUCUCGUUGCUUUAUGAGGAAGUGCAGACUCCAAACAGAUGGCACAAGUGGCAUUGGGCGGCCCUUUGUGUGCUCUUCAUGUGUGUAGCUGGUGUGGCCAUUGCAGUGAUUUGGCAAAAAUCCGCUCGCGGAUGA